AGAGAUUCCUCAUAAUAGCUGUGAGGCUGGGUUGCGUCCGGAGGGCCAAUGCCACCGGGCCGGCCCGCGUGCUCGGGCCGGGCAGCCCGGCGUUCCUGUGGAGCCGCCAUCAUUCAUGACCAUCGACCAUAGCCUUAGGUACCAAACUUGUAUAGCACUCAGGUGCCGGCAGAAGGGCCUAGCCAAACAUCUGAAUGUGAGGAGCACCGUGGCGGCAGCUGCUCUUUGUCUCUUUGUGGCGGGUGUAAAGUUGAAUCCUCCAGGAAAUGAGUGUGUACAUAGCGACAGGGGCUUCCGGGACCCAUUGAGUGGCAUUGGACUUGAGGUGGUAGCAAACGAUCCCUUAAGUGCCGUUCCUAACCGUGUUGGUUUGGCCUAGCUGAUCUAGGGGCUACAGAGCUGUUAGGUGCGCACGGCCCAUUCAUUGGCAGCUCGCCAGCUCUCUCCGCUUAGUUUUCACUAAUUAACUGCUACUUAUUGCUGGGUGGGAGAAUUGGAUCAUGGCAGAUGCGUCGACCACUUCCACCACCACCAGCACAAGUGGUCGCCGGCUGGAGAACGGGAGAGUGCUGUAUGGCACAACAAAGGAGCAUUGCGAGAGCAUGAUCGAACACUCUUUGAAACACAACAAUGUCAUCAAGUUUCUGAGAGAAGCCAUGGAGAAGGCAGGCUGCCCCGUCGGUGACCGUUUCUUCUCCGCCAUGAAUUGCAUGAUGAAUGCUGGUGGUGGAUUUAUGCCAGAGGGGGAGGGGAUCAAGAUCUGCUACAACAACGUCGUCUACCAGGAUGAGGUGGACACAGGACUGGCACACGAGCUGAUCCAUGCAUACGACCAAUGUCGAGUGGCAAAACUAGACUGGGAAAACGUCCACCACCAGGCGUGCAGUGAGAUCAGAGCCGCGAAUCUUAGUGGUGACUGCCACUUCAAGCGAGAAAUAGCGAGGGGGAACUUCAACAUACAAAAACAACAUCAGGUCUGCGUUAGACGAAGAGCUGUACUUUCGGUUGCAACAAACCCAAACUGUACUUCCAAGCAAGCGGCUGAGGAUGCGGUGGAUGCAGUCUGGGCAAAAUGUUACAAGGAUACAGCACCAUUUGAUCGGAUACCUUAAUAGAUAAUCAUAGCAGUUGCAGGAAGCUGAGCUUAUGUUUGUGGCAUAUUGCUUCCGCAUUGCUGCCAGUCUCGGCGGCAUGUUAGUCGGACGCUGCUCCGGGCCAUAUCUACCGGUUGCAUGAAUACCGUCGACAUGCAACAUCUGCCGCAUGCCCGUGGCAUGCCAGCAGCUAGACACGGGAACUUAUCGGACAGGAUCAACUUACUUUGCGGACGUAUUUACGUGAAGUAUGCCAUGCCAUG